UGGCUCGCAUAGAAGUCUGGCAGCACCGAACAAUCUUGACAAAUUUUCGCAAAAGAAAUAAAAGUUGACAAAUAAAGAGCAUCGCAAAUAGUAAUUAGCAACGGAAAUAUCUGGAAAACGCCGAGCAUGGGAAGCAACGACAGAGCAUCGAGAUCGCCGCGUUCAGACGAUCAGCGGGAGAUAAGCGAAGUUCCGACCAAGAGAUCACGCUCCGACUCGGGCAAGUCCACGGAUUCGAAAAUUCCCUACCUUUCGCAGCCUCUGUAUGACCUCAAGCAGACGGGCGAUGUUAAGUUCGGGCCCGGCACCCGGUCGGCGCUCCUGGGCCUCCUGGGCGGAGCCCUGCCGAAGCUCUCCUCCGACCAGCACGACCUCGUCAGCAAGGCCAAAAAGUACGCCAUGGAGCAGAGCAUCAAGAUGGUGCUCAUGAAGCAGACCCUGGCCCACCAGCAGCAGCAACUGGCCACGCAGCGCACCCAGGUGCAGCGACAGCAGGCUCUGGCUCUCAUGUGCAGGGUCUAUGUGGGAAGUAUUUCGUUUGAACUCAAGGAGGACACCAUUCGAGUGGCUUUCACUCCAUUUGGCCCCAUCAAGUCUAUCAACAUGUCGUGGGAUCCCAUCACCCAGAAGCACAAGGGAUUCGCCUUCGUAGAGUACGAGAUUCCCGAGGGCGCCCAGUUGGCACUGGAGCAGAUGAAUGGCGCCCUAAUGGGCGGCCGGAACAUCAAGGUGGGCAGACCCAGUAAUAUGCCGCAGGCACAGCAGGUUAUCGACGAGGUGCAGGAGGAGGCCAAGAGCUUCAACCGCAUCUACGUGGCCUCCAUUCAUCCGGAUCUCUCCGAGGAGGACAUUAAGAGCGUCUUCGAGGCGUUCGGUCCCAUUCUGUACUGCAAGCUUGCCCAGGGCACCUCGUUGCACACGCACAAGGGAUAUGGCUUCAUCGAGUACGCCAACAAGCAGGCCAUGGACGAGGCCAUUGCCAGUAUGAACCUAUUUGAUCUUGGCGGCCAGCUAUUAAGAGUUGGUCGUUCCAUCACACCACCGAAUGCUCUAGCUGUUCCCACAACCAACUCCACAAUGCCUACGGCGGCAGCUGUGGCUGCGGCAGCGGCUACUGCUAAAAUCCAGGCCUUGGAUGCGGUGGCCAGUAAUGCUGUGUUGGGACUUUCGCAGAACACGCCCGCUUUGGGAAUGGCAGCGGGUGCUGUGGUGGCGAAGGUGGGGGCCAUGCCAGUAGUUUCUGCGGCAACCACCGCGGCCGCCUUGCACCCCGCCCUUGCAGCACAGGCCGCGCCAGCGGCUCUUCUUCCGCCGGGCAUCUUCCAAGCUCCCUCUGCUGUGGCUCCUAGUCUGUUGGGCGUCCCAGCUGGACUGCAACCUCUUCAACCUGUCGCUCCGGCUCUGCCUCCGCCCGCCCUACUGGCCACCCCCACGGUCCCAAUGACCGCAGUUGGCGUGGCUGGGGCCUUGGGAGUAGGUGUGGUUCCAACGGUAGCCACCUUAGCGGGCGUGGAAGCCAGUAAUGGAGCAGCUGCAGCAGUUCUUUCAGCAGCCGCCAACAAUGCCGCAGUUACUGCCGCAAACCUGUCAGAGAACAUAAAGAAGGCACAUGAGAAACAGCAGGAGGAGCUCCAGAAGAAACUGAUGGACGAGGGUGAUGUCCAGACUCUGCAGCAACAGGAAAACAUGUCGAUCAAGGGUCAGAGUGCCCGGCAGCUGGUCAUGCAGCGGCUAAUGCGACCAGUGGAUUCUCGAGUAAUCAUUCUGCGAAAUAUGGUGGGCCCCGAGGAUGUGGACGAAACCCUGCAAGAGGAGAUCCAGGAGGAGUGCAGCAAGUUCGGAACUGUCAGUCGCGUGAUCAUCUUUAACGAGAAACAGACGGAGAACGAGGACGACGACGAGGCCGAAAUCAUUGUGAAGAUAUUCGUGGAGUUUUCCGCCGGAGCAGAAGCCCAGCGAGGAAAGGAAGCCCUGCAUGGUAGAUUUUUCGGCGGCCGGAGAGUGGUGGCUGAGCUGUAUGACCAGGGAAUCUUUGAUCAGGGCGACCUAUCCGGUUAGGAUUAGCAUUUAGUGCGCUCCCUCCCCCCACACACACACCAACAAUCCCGCACAGCAAUACCGACUAUUGUUUCGUCAUUUUGUACGUAGCACCUAAAGAGAUGAUCAAACUAAGAAGGUUUAUUUAUUACGCCAGUCGCCAGUACGAAAGCGUUCGACUUGUUGAGCGACCCGGCAGCCAGAUUAUUAAUACGAUUGCGUUUACGAUGAGAUGAACCUGCAAUGCAGUGAUUUAGUUUUUAGAGAUUUAUCCAGAGAAAGGGGGCGUUUAUCGGUUUAUACUUCAAUGCUUACCCUUGCAACACAAAACAAACUGUAAGCCAAACAAAGUAAUCACACCACGGCAGACUAACAAACUGUAUAUUGAAUAACGAUUGAUUUCAGCGCUUAACAUAAAAAUAAAAACUAGUUCCCCAUUAAAA